AUCGCCACAGACCACGACAAGCCGCGUGCCGCCUUUUACAGUAAACUUGAACAUUGAACAGAAGCCGACAGAGCCGCGAAAUGAGUGCCUGACAGGCCUUUCCUGGGCACUCUAGCACCACUGUAGCCCGUAACUGAAGGUGCGAUAGGCGUCUGCUGGGCGUCCCAAGCCCUCAGUUUAGGCACCUGACCAACUGGCAUCUGUCAACCAGCCACUGCCACGGCACAGCAUCAGGGCAUCUGCACCAGUCGCCGUGUUUGACGACAUCCGAAUCUUCUUGCGCCCAUCCGAUCAUCAAGUUCAAGUGGUGACAACGCCCGGGAUCCGCAUUCAGGCUUCGGUGGUCGGUCGGUUUGCCCCGAGCCACACCCACUCACACUACCUAUGUACUGCCAGUGCCAAGUGCACAGCCCAUGAGUGUGACAUGCAGUCAACGGCAUGCUCCAACCGAACUUCACGUUGAAUGGAGCAGGUCUGUAACCCAGGGAAAGGGAAUGGAAUUCACACUCGGCGCCCCAGGCUCGCGUGACGUGACUUGCUUCAAGUGCUCCACGUCGAACUUGAACGGUCAACUAAGUACAGCUUGAAUGUAGGGGGCCAUCCGCAUUCAGGCAUGUACGUACAAUGUUACACCUCACACACUCACUCACCGCCCUCGUCUUCAAGAAGCAAGCUCGAGCAGUCAUGGCUGUGUAGGCAUGAGACGCCAAACAGACCUGUGAGUGUCAAAGGAUGGAAUCCAGCACGCGUUAAGAGUCGAGGUGGUGUUAAUAAACUCUUCUGGAAUGUUUUAAUCAGUGCAGUGGCUGAUGCCGUGAGGAUCAGCCGGUAACUUGACUGCCUGUGGUACUGGUAUCAUUGAUCCAGUCAUUGUUCAAACUGAAACCUUCCAUCCUCAGUCUCUCACUGGAUCAGCUUUCCAGAAUCCUUCGCUUCCCAUCGGAACUUGAACUCUGUGAAGCUGGUAGGUACCUAAGCGGACAAGACUCACCCCUCUCAGCGUGAAGAUCUCCCCGAGAUCUGCGUUGGUUUCCGUUUCAAGUUGUGCAUUUCAAGUAUGAUCCCUUCAAGUCUACACUUCUAAACGCGUACCACCAUCUGCAAAAGUUAAACUUUGUCAAGCUUCACAAGGAAUGACUCAGUGAGGUGAGCAAGUAUCAUGAUGUGUGUGAAUCCGUUCCCUCAGCUGGGGUACAUAUAUCCCUCUGCUGCCCCCAUCCCAACCGUUCCAGUUGCUGUUCCACUCUCACAACUUAACAUGCUGGAGUCAUAUGUAUAUAUAUAGUCAGCAAAAGACAAGACCAUCUGCAGAGAAACGGUGCAACCCUUCCAAACAUGACGUUCGAAAAUGCCAUUGCGACAGAGCUCAGGGGCAGGGUCGGCAUUUGCUGCAACUCGCAGUGAUCCGCUACAGGAUUUCAGCAUACCAAUCGCAAUCCGAAAGAUCAGCAGCUCCAUCGACCAUGACACGGCACUGCUUGAAGCACGAAUUCGAAAGAUGUUUCCGAAUCAGGAACAUCCAACGAGUCUCUCGUUCAUGAGAACAAGAUGUCGUCGUACCUCGAGCAAGUUGAACAACUACUCGAAGAUUUGGAAGCACGUCUGAGAGCAACAAAGGCCAUCCUCAGAGAAGCCCGUGAGGCGUCAACCUACAUUCCGAGGAAUGAUCUGAAGAGAUCGCUGUCAGAAAUCAAGGAAACUGACAAGAUGAUACUGAAAGAGCGGACUGCCCUGGCCGCCAAUCGCGUCCGAGUCAAGUACGGCAUGCAGAGUCAACUCAGUCAUUUGCCCAUGAAAGAAGGAUACAUGAAGCCUAUUAAACGGGUUGGAGGCAGAGAUAGACCCUCUGUACAUUGGCAUACCGGGAUUUUACGAAACAUUUUUCGGGAAGUUCCCCCGUCUGGAAGAGAAUUCCGCGGUGAUCUUCAAAAAAUGCCAGGAGGGUGAUGUUCAAUUCCCCAACCCGAACCGUUCGUAUGGCUCGUGCAAUCACUGGGCAUACGAUGCAAAGAGAUCAGGGAUCGACCAAACAUCAUCAUUCAGAAACAGGCUGAUCAAAGCUUAUCAGCCAGACAGUGCAACAGUUCUUGAGCCGCCUCAAAAAUCCCAGGACUUGUUUUUUACCGAGAUCUGGUGUGCAGUGCCUGGUAGAUCAUUCCCAGCAUCAUUGACGACGGCAGCCCACAUAGUCCCUUUCUCAAUCGGCGAAAGCAACGCCACAUAUUUGUUCGGCUCCGGACCAGGACCUUCAGGUUCUGUCGACACAGGUCAAGCUCAGGCUCGCACCAAGGUAUACUGGAAACCGAGUACGACAUCAUCUGGUCUGAAAAGAACGUGUUCAUGCUCCACAAUUCUCUUGAGAAGAUGCUCGAUCUCCACGGAAUUAUAGCUUCGGUGGCCUGGUUGACUAUCGCCACCGGCACCAGCAAUCUGCCACGCCUCCACUUUACCGUAAGGUAAUCCAUUCCACCCUGACUGCACCUCGACGGUCUCCCUAACAGUCUCGAGGAGCGAAUGUGGCUCAAAGGGCGCGGAUCUUCAACAAGGAUUGGUACAAACCAUUGGUCGCAUCAGCAAUGGUGAUUAUUGAUGAAGCAUCCAGAAUCACUGAAAUCGACAUCCCGAGUAUCAAGGGGUGUUAUCACAAUGCAGGCGUCGUAAGGGUUGGGGACCGCAACCAGUGAUGCACAAGGCUCGGUUUCACAAGCAAAUGGAAAUGUCCCUGCAAACAUGGAUGCUUGGAAAUGGCACAUCCGGAGCUUUCCCCAGCAAGCAGUAUCGCAUGGCACCCAACAUUGCUAACAUUGCUACCUAACCCGUUGAAUAUGGUGGCAUACCCGGCAAGAUUGACGGACCACGAUUCAUUUACCAGGAAAAUCGAAGGUCGAAACCACGACCGCGUGGAAGACAUGUUCAUUUGCAGAACCCAAGCUGCGAUGCGGUAUACGACCACAGAGCGAGAAGCAUUGGCAAUCUCAAGGGUCUGAUGAAGACACAAUGGCUGGUUGUGGGAAGCAAGCAUACAGUCUUGACAUACACCGACCACUUUGCCUUGUUGAGUGUUCUGAAGAGCGACGACGGUAUGCCAGGAUCGCUCGAUGGCAAUUGAAAUUUGGGGAAUACUGGUCCAGACGUAUCGGAGGCCCGAACGCCGAUCCUGCCCUUGCCCACUCUUUCCCGGUCGAUCCCAUUUCAGAACCUUGGGCUGAGGUUCAGAAUGGUCAUCGUCCGCGAUUCAAGAAACGAGACACGAGCUCCUCGGCAUCAUUUUUCGAUGAAGGUAUGCCCAACAGCGGCAGAUGACGUGCUGCCGUUGUCAACGCGCCAUAUAGUACGUUGCAUGUGAAACGUACGUAUCCGGUGAAAGCUGUGCAGUGCUGGUCGUUUCGACAACACCGAAGCAUGAACUUGAACGUCUCCGAACAGCAUAUGAAACUGUCACAAUCCCAUUGCUCACGGCGGUACGACCAGGAAAGCGGUACUGUACCUGUACGUACCUAACAGCCACUUGUUGACCUUCGUCUUCGUCUCAGCGUCGAUAUAUAUAAUGCGGACUGGAACCCUUGAUUCCCAGUCCACAAAAAAAUCCAUCAUCACGGACAUUGAGUGCGACCUACGAGCACACUCAUUCCUGGUAGGGAAAAGGACCGAGAGCAAGUGUUCACAGGCUGUAUUGGCAAAUAUGAGGGGUAUUGGAGAGCCGCACUUCGAUACCUGUUGCUCAACAGCAACACAACGAGUCAUAUGGACCAGAAAGAGUAUGAGUAUGGUGGAAGCUCGCCUCUCUCUGUCGAAGUCGGAGACAGCUGGAAUGGAGUCGAGACGCUAAAAGUCCUCAGCGACAAGAAACUUUCCUGGUACAAAAUCACGGCCGAGGAAGAGGAGAAGAAAGUGAUCACAGUGAUGUGGUGAGGUAGGUACUUGGUCAAGAUUCAGGGUAGGGUACCAGGACGGCAGAGGGCAUUCGAUGUGACUCAAGUUGGAGACCACUCGGACUCGGACGACUCGGAGGAUGACGACGACGACGAUUUAAGGUGUACCUCCCUGCGAACAAGUUGCAUCUUGACGAACAACUGGAGGCAAUAGCACGGUUGCUGUAUUGCAGCUUCGAAUCCAACUCCUACUCCGAGGCGUCUUGAAAGCUACUGCUAUGGUGGUGGUGCUCCUCCUCCUCCUCCUCCUCCGGUUUCGUCGCCCGAAACCGCGGAUGUAUCUUCUCGUUCUCGUUCUCGGCAGGACCAGGAACCUUUCCAGUGACAUUUCCAGAUUAUAAGUCUGUUGAAGUGUGCGUUUCCCGAGUCCAGUCCACAGCCGGAUUUCAAUCUCAUUACCAGUCCGGCAAGAAGGCUGAUAUCCCUCUGUCUGAUAUCCGACCACCGCCGAGAUUGACGACGCCACCAACAAGAGUAUUGUUCGAAGACACACAGGCUCCCAUCGCGGCCAUGAGAGCCCGCGCCAAUGUCUCUUACUCGGCCGACAAUAAGAUGCAACGAGACGUUACCGUCUGGGACGAAUCACUAUUCGCCAACGAAGAGAGUCUGGUCAAGACACUGGAGGAAGAUGUGGCUGCACUGGAGAACAGAAUGAUGGACCUCGGUCAACAAGUAAGUGUGAGCAGCACGCGGAAUGCAUCCCCAGCAUCACACGCAGCCGGAGGCUGCCUUCGUUCCAGGCGAGCCUGGCAUUGCAUGUGGUGCUCGACCGGACCCGUGCCUGCACAUGGUGCCUGGAACCGAAAGUCCCAAAUCUUCCAGCUCGGCGCGGCGCCCCCAAUCAUACAUACAUACAGUACUGUACAGCCAUGCAACACAGCCUGGUUCAACUUGGGACUACCAGUACCAGCCAACUGAAUGCCUCCAUUGUUGUCAGCGCAGCAAACUACAGGGGAAGGCCACUGGCAGGGGGACCCGGUCCCUCACCACCACUUCGGGAACGAAAACAAACAUCCAUUCCUCGCUCUCCUUGCUAUUCUCACCAUUAUCACUGUGCCAUCUCACUACCUAUCUUGACUAAUUACCAUCAUCAUCGCAACGAUGGCGGGAUGACAACCAUCUCAGUACGAUCCGAGGAAACGUGGCUCUGCUAUGCUAUGCUAUACUGCUCCUGGUGUACUGCAUCUCAGAUACUCGGCAGCAGCUGCAGUGACUCGGCGGUCUAAUCAUACAGUACUGUACAGUCAGGCCAUGCCAUCCAGCCCGGUCACGGUGGGAGUACCAACCAGCCUGAACUGAAUGUCUCCAAAUGUUGGCGGGACAGGGGUUUAUGCCUUCUGAGUCUCCCACGCCUUCGUUCUUAGCUUUGAAACUCAUAUAGAUACCUAUAUACCACCCCGAGUCUCUCGUUGCUUCGAGCGAGCAGGCGGUUCUGAUUGGUGCCAGCAGUUGGUGCCUUAUGCAACUGACGAUCACUGGCAAAGCGUACCGUGUUGCGCCCUGGAAUUCAGAUUCAAUUCAAUUGUGAGACUCCUUGAUCUCC